AUGGUGAUCGAACUGAAUCAUUCGGGGUUCAAUCCCGUGCUUUUUUCCUCGUCUCGUGGCAGCCCCUCCCUAGACCCGGAUGCCACAUCUGAGUCAGUCCGUGAAGCCCAAAGAGAGGGAUCUGUGGAAAGAGCCCAAACCACUAUUGAAGAGGUUGAUAUUUUAAACAAGGAUCGAAAGGAUGGAAAACAAGUCUCACUUAUGGGUACAAUGAGUGGUUUGGGGGCUGUAUUUUCGGUUAUGGUACUUCUGAGGCUACCUGUGUUCUAUGGGGGCUCAAGGACAGCAAAGAAAGCAAUGGAGCUAUCCUAUUAUUCUGUUGGGGUCCUUGCUUUUUUGACGUCAGUUUUCAUGUGGUUUUGUGCUUACAAAAAUUCUCAUGAUUUGUGUUUCAAAUCAAAAGAUCCAGCGCAAUUCCACAACGAAAGAAACAAUGAUGCUCUUAGUGAAGGAAUUCAAUCACCAGAUGUUGAUGCGUUGGGCAACAGUCCCAAGCUCGAAUCUGAAGAAUCGUAUCUGGAUUCUUUGAAAGCAGGAGUCCGAUUAUCUUUAGAAGACCCUGCAAUUCUCAUCGCAUACUUAUGUGGAUUUCUUUCCCGAUGCAUAACGAUCAUUAUCACUCUCUACAUACCAUUUUAUGUCAAUCGUUAUUUCAAGGAUUCUGGAAAAUGUGCAAAGAGCUUUUCGGAGAAAAUAGAAUGUCCCGAGUCCUACAUUUUGUCUUCAAUCCUCACUGGAAUUGCAAAUUUGUUUGGUUUACUGUUGGCACCUGUGUCAGGCAUUCUGAUUGACCGUCUGAGCAACUUUACAUUACUUCUCAUGAUCGCCAUUGGGGUCUCACUUACCAGUUUUGUCUCGUUCUGUUGGGUCAGCCAACCAGAUCACAGUGGCCUAGUCUAUGUCUCAUCUGCCUUAAUGGGGUCCGCUCAGAUAUUGCUGAUCAUCAUUUCGAUGACAAUGCUAUCAAAUAUUACAUCUCGAGAGAAGUAUAAAAAAAGGAAGGGAUCCAUUUCUGGUGUCUUUGCUUUUGUUGGGGGCAUUGGUAUAAUCUUCACCUCUUAUGUCGGUGGACUUCUUGCAGACAUGAAUGCAAAGUACCCUUUCAUUCUGGCGGCUAUUGCGAAUGUGGUCUGUGGCGUGAUCAUAACGAUAUCCUCUCGACAAAACUUUAGAUCUAUUAGAUUAGUCUGA